CGUUUUGUAUAUUAUAAUGUUUAUUCGAGACGAUGCCACGUGGACGUUGACGAUUACGCGCUUUGUAUCCUCUUCCUGCUUCCCUUGGCAUUUGGAGUGGAGAAACUGAAACUGCUCCACCUUCGUUGACUUCUCUGUAUCUUCCCCCACACCGGAAAAUAUGGCUAACCCCAGCGAAACUUAUGACACCUCGCCGGAAUUUUCUGUUACCGGCGAUUACUCCGGCUUCUGCGAUCCUCUCCGGCGUCUAGAUACGGUCCGGAUGCGGAUGGAUUCGCUGCAGAGCUUCCUUGCGGAAACCGUCAACGGAAAUAUCAUCCUCCGCAGGGAUCAGAUGGACGUAAUAUCGUCGGAGAUUUCGGCAGCGAUAGAACAGGUCGUCGUCAAUGGCUCUGCUCUUCUAUCAUGUUUACAGCAGCCUCCACCACCUCCGGAAGCGCCGGCGAUGCCGCCUGGACAGGAUCCGAGUCACGUGUUCCGGAUUCCGAACCCUAGCGAGAAACAGGGCCACGAAAAUCUGGAUGACUACGACGUGAUUGAGCUCGACGCGGUGGAGAUUCUGGCGGAGCACGUCCAUUUCUGUGAGAUUUGUGGCAAAGGAUUCAAGCGCGACGCGAAUCUGCGGAUGCAUAUGCGCGCCCACGGUGACCAGUACAAAACCACGGAAGCGCUGUCGAAGCCGAGGACGCCGACGGAGGUGCUGCCACAUGAUUCGACUGCCGGUCACCGGAAAAUUCUGUUCUCGUGCCCGCACGAAGGCUGCAACAGGAACCAGAGACACAAGCGAUUCCGGCCAUUGAAAUCAGUGAUCUGUGUCAGGAAUCAUUUCAAGAGAAGCCACUGCCCGAAGCUCUUCCCAUGCCACCGUUGCCAGAAGAAGAGCUUCUCCGUCCUCGCAGAUCUGAAAAGCCACCAGAAACACUGCGGCGAGCCAACGGCCGCCUCCACCGCGCGAUGGCGGUGCUCGUGCGGCCCGAGCUUCACGAGGAAGGACAAGCUGUUCGGACACGUGGCGAACUUCGAAGGACACAUGCCGGCCGUUACAGUGGGGUCAGUAGCCAUGGAAAUGAACACGACGGAGGAACGAGGAGACGAGACAGUGAAGGAAGAGGAAGGAGUUGGGUCGGAUCGGAGUAGAGAUGACGGGUUUUUCGAGGACUGGCUCGACGGAUUAUAUCCAAUGCAGGACUUCUGCGUUGAGGAUAUUCUGAGAUCUCCCGUUGGGUUCGCAUGAGAAAAAAAAGGUAUUCAUGAAUUUCAGAUCUUUACAUUUCCGUGAGAAACACAAGUAUAGGAUUUUGUUCCAAUCUAUUGUUUAUGGUCCCCUUUCGAAUUCAGAUUCCAUUCUUGCUCUUCCGGCUGAUACAAUUCUUGUUCUUCCUUGGAUGAUUUAUUCAUUGAUUAUACAAUUUGAGUUUAAAAUCAUAUAUUUUUUUUUUUGUUGCAAAUUUUCCGACUUUGAAUUCCCCAGAAAAGCUACAAAGAAUACAACUUUGAUUGUCCCUUUCGAACCCAUUCACAAUCCGUCAAAUCCCAAAAACAAAAAGCAACUUCAAGAGAUCGUGCAUGAUGCAAAAGAAUACACUUGAUUCUUCUUCUUCUACGGCCAGAGAAAAG